UGCUGGCGGAGUGCGCAUGCGCGGCGGACGGUGGCGGCGCCACGCAGCUGGAGACAGUCAGUGUAGCGUUGACACCCGGAGGCGUCACACGCACGUCCGCCUCUUCCACGCGCGGAUAUGGACGGUUCAACAGGCUGAGAGACCACCUCACAUGAUGACGAAGACAGAGCCGGGUCGUCCGAACGACAUGAACACCGCCAGCAACAACAACAACAACAACAACAACAUCUCCAACAAAAAACAUAUGAAAAAUGGUCUCUAUGUUCAUUCAUCCCCACCGAAAACCCUGGCCAACGAGAGCGGACCCGGGUCAGCCAAGAUCAGGGAGUACAUCCGGUCUGCUGAUGUUGACUCCCUGGAGGACAUCAUCUUACAGGGACAAGGAGCCAAGCUUGUUAACCAACAUGCAACGGAUCAGAAGGUCAGGGCCUUCCUCAAGACGGUGCCCUCAUACAUGUCCAAGAUCGACCUGAUUCACGACGCUGUGGAGAAGGGCGACCUCAGGGAGCUCAAGGCUCUGUUGGACAAGAGGAAGUUGGCCAGCUGUAAGGACGCCCAGGGCGUGGGUAUCCUGCACAAGGCCGUCCUCCACGCCCACAGGGACAUUGUAGACUAUCUCAUCGAGGACUACCCGGAAACCCUUGACGUCACCGACAAUAAGGCGGCGUUGGCAGAGGAGGUCGCUCGCAUCCUGGACGCAGACCCGAAGUUCCCUAAGGCCCCACCUUCGGAUCCCGCCACGUCCUCUGACGCGCCUACCCGCACGCCCGCAGUGUUACCCACGCCCGCACAGAUACCCACGCCCGCCAGCACAACAGCGCCCGCGAAAGCGCCCACGCCCCGGCGGGAAAAUGAAAGCGGAAAACAGUUAGUGCGUGACAGUGCCCUCGGGGCCAUGUCGAGGAUCGAGGACACGAGCGGUGUGGGUGGUGGCGUGGAGGGCGCGGGUAGUGUGGAUGUAGGGCGUGAGGUGGAUGUAAAGGGCGUGGGUGGUGUGGAUGUCGGGCGUGUGGAAGGCGUGGGCGGCACGGUAACGUUCCCAGAGAUAGUGAGGCUGGGCACGGGGCCGGGCAUGGAGCUGGCUGACUGGUCUGGCGCCAUCCCAACUGGAUGUUACUCCACUCGAACCCCGCGACGAAAUCAACAGCAGCAGCGUGAGAUGUCACAGGUGCAGCAGCCGCCACAGGAACAGCCGCCACAGGAGCACCAGCCAGAGGAACAACAGCCAGAGGAACAACAGACACAGGAGCAACAGAGGCAGCAACAGGAGUUAGAUAGUGAGGAUGAGGAAGACGACACAGUCUUCUCUCCAGAACUUUCUCUCUCCAUCUCGCAGAUGUUGUCUCGAGGCCGCAGCGGUCGCCUGCCUCGUCUCGCCUCGCCCCCACCCUCGCCCAGCUCCGCCUCCACCCACCUCCCUGAGAACCUUCCACCAGUCGACCACAUUCAGAGCGUCGACAGCAGCACCGUCGAGCCUCGACCCAGCAGCCUCACAAGCAGUGCCUUCCUGCAACACAUGGAACGUGUCGGUAGUCAUCGCCCGCUCACCCGUUCCAGUCUCUCACGUCACCGGCGGCUUCCGGAUAUAGUUCCACGUCACCAGCGAGAUAGAAUGAAUUCCGGGUCUCCCAGACCAAGCACGCCCACGCCCACGCCCAAAAAGCUAUCCGCAUCUCCCACACGCCUCAUGAACAACUGGAGGAGGCGCGCGGGGAAUCACGUCUCUAAAAUCAUCAGCAGUGAAGAGGUGGAGGAACGGCUCAACACGGCUCUUAGUAGGAUAAAAGAUAGCGAUUCUGAGCCAGAUAGCGACGGUGUGGGAGGCAGAAGAACCUACGAGUCCUUCAUAUCGGCGACGCCACCGCCAGGAUUGUCUUCGGGCGAGGAACGCCCACCAGCACUCGCCAACCACCAUCUCACAAACUCUCCGCCGCCCACUCACACCGUUCUCAACACGCACACUCUUCUACCGCCUUCAAAUUCCCCGCCCAUAAACUCGCCACCACCAGUACACUCUUCGCCACCUAUGGAGACAAUUGGGGAGUCACCGACGCCUGUGCUAACUCCUACCUGUAUUUCCCUUGGGCCAGAGUCCAGGGAGAGCUCGCCCAUUGACACGGCCCGCAUCAGCCAAUCCAGAGCUGAUCAGACUGACAGAGACUUCCUGGAAGACAACUCCAGAGGCGACUACACCGAGAACCUCUUUGGAGAUCACUCUAUAAGUAUCCAGACUGAGAGUAGCGUCCUGAAAGAUCAUUCUGGAGAUGACUACACUGAAAAUUUAAUGGGAGAUAUUUCCAGAGGCAUCCAGACUGAGAGGAGUUUCUUGGAGGAGGGGAAUAUCCACGAUGAGAAGAUAAAAAAACCUGAAAAUAUAUCGGAUGAGUACCCAAAAGAUGUGUCUGAUGGAUCCACCAAGCAUUCAUCUGAUGGGCACCCUAAAGAUGCAUCUGAUGGGCACCCCUCAGAUACAUCUGGACAGCCUGCUCAAAUUCUGAGCACCAAGGCUCAGAAAUUGAAAAGCACAACAAAAGGAAUUCCUGCUGGACACACCAAAGGAAAAACUCCACAGGAGGAUCCCGCCAUCUUGCGCUCCAGCACCCACACCGAGGCAGCAACCCGCCCUGAAGAAAGGACACUUGCUGAACAUCCAGCAAAUCAAAACCAAUCAACAGGACUGACACUACCUUCGGACACUCGUACAGUAGAAAAAAAAAACUCCAUAACUGAAAAAUACUUCGGAUCUCCUCCAGAACGGCGUGCUACAGUUUCACAGACACAAGUUGACGAGCUCAGCAAUAAUCUCCUCAGACAUUUUGCAGAUCAAGACUUGCUUGUUCAAGACAUUAGUAAUAAAGAGCCAAGGAACUCUGAACCUGAAACAUUAGAGUUGGACACCAGACUGGAGAAAUCUGAAGUCCAUGAAAUUGAAGCAACUGUCAGUCAUUUCACAGACCGACCUCUUGCAGUUGUGGACUUUACCGUCGAUAAAUCAGAAAGUCCCGAAGUUAAGGCGCUUGUUACACUACUGACGGUGUCUGAUCCAGCAGCGGAACCCUCACACUCCAUCGUCCACACAGACAAACCUAAAGUCCUCAAGACUGUACGAAUAGUAACUCCAGGCCCCUCCAACCUGGAAGACCACGAUGUCAAUUACGAUCUGCAACUGGAGUCAUACUCGAAAGCCUCACCGACUAUUCAGAGAUACAUCCGAUGGCUAAGUUCGAGGAUCAUCGCAGAAUGCUUUGCUAACCUGAAGCACGUGUAUGCCACGUCUAUCAAGCGACACGAGGACAUUAAAGAAGUGUGGAAUAUCGUCUACGACCAUGACAUUGCCUACUGGGCUAAGGUCAUUGUCGACAGAGUUCUGGAAAAGGUAAUAAAUUUCUUGAUAGAGAUAGAGAAGGAAGGGAACGAAUUGUGGGAAGUUUUAAAACAUGGGCCUCUUGAUGGUAAUAGUUAUAUUAUCGAAAAGGAAGAGUCUAAAACGGGAAAGCCCUUCAAAUCCCAGGGAAUAACAGAAACCUCUGAUGAUGAGGAUAAAGCAGUCAUUGGUAUAAGCCUGAACGGUACAGGUAACGGCAGUCCACAAGCAGAUGAUUGUGUAAUGGAGCCUUUGCAUCAGAAAGUGCAAGUGUUGACCGACACGACACCCGCAGAGAACAGGAACCUUCACAGGCAUGUCAAGUCCAGUAAUAACUCUUCAUCCAAGCUCAGAACACGAACAGUCACGCCUAAACCGAGUGCAGUUCACCUAAGAAGUCUAUCCAAUUUGUCUUUUGAGGAUUUAGAAUCUAUAACUAGUGUACCUGUGGACAAACCUUUUACUGAAACAUCAGGAAAGGGUCCAGAUACACCAAAACGAACGACAAGAGUCUUCAGAAGUAAGUCUAGUCAACCUCUUCAGAGAGAUGAACGCAAAGCUGUAGCGGCCUCAAGGAGUCGGUCCUCAGGAGCACCAGGUCAACCUCGUACUCAAACUGACACAGUAAGAACACUGAAGAGUAAGACCACUGUAGCUUUUGCUGACUUUGUUGCUGCUUCUUCAAUGUGCAUCUCCAGGAAGUCCCCCGAAGCGGAUACCAGUCGAUCAGACAUGAAUGAAGCCUUAGUAGAUUCCAAGUGUCGAAAUCCUGAAUCUUUUGAUUUUCGGAUACAAUCUUCAAAAGGACUUCUUAGUCCAUCUCAGACACCGAAGACUCCAUCAGUUCAGGUUGAAAGCGAAGACCGUCUUAGUCGGUCGUCUUCAACCAGAUCUGGUCGUCGAUUGCGAACACCUCAAGAUUCUGAGAGCCGACCGCCAUCGUUUAUCAAGGAAUCUGUACGCAGAGAGAUGAUGGGCUUCAGUAGACUUGCACUCACACCCCAGCGAGUAGAGAGCCCAAGUGUUGUAGUACGAGAAUCUAAGCCAAAAAAUAUGAUGGAUUUUGGAAGACAGUCUCUAAUUGAAUCUGAAAGUUGGGUAAAAUCCUCAAAAGAGACCCCUAGGAGUAUCAGAAACCAACGGAACAAGAUUAUUAAGGAAUCAAAGGGCCCCACAAAAAUGGAUCUGAGAAAACAAUCUUCAGCAGACUCAAAAAAUAGAUCCAAAGCAAAGAACCAAAAAUUGGUUGAUAGGGUGGAAAUUAAAGAACCGAAUCUAAAAGCGACCUCGGUCGAUUCUGAACAUAAAGACAGCUUAGUAAUCAGUGAAACAAAAUUAAGUGAUAACAUGGAUAAACCUAUAAACCAACUCAACACUUUAAAAAGCAUAUCUGAAUUCCAAGAAUCCAUCGCAAAGUCAAAAGUUAGAGAUAAAUCUACGAUCAAAGAAUCAAAACCACGACAAAGGAUUAGCAUUGGCCAAAAGUCCCCAGACGGGUUCACGGUGAACCUGAGGACUAUGUUCGCUACCCCAGUCUCACGGGAGCCUUCAUUUGAGGCAGAACGUCAGUCUUCAUCCCCACCCCAGCUGCCAUCUGAUAACAUGGAUAAAACUGUAAACCAACUCAACACUUUAAAAAGCAUAAUUGAAUUCCAAGAAUCCAUCGCAAAGUCGAAAGCUAGAGAUAAAUCUACGAUCAAAGAAUCAAAACCACGACAAAGGAUUAGCGUUGGCCAAAAGUCCCCAGACGGGUUCACGAUGAACCUGAGGACUAUGUUUGCUACCCCAGUCUCACGGGAGCCUUCAUUUGAGGCAGAACGUCAGUCUUCAUCCCCACUCAAGCUGCCAUCUGAUAACAUGGAUAAAACUGUAAACCAACUCAACACUUUAAAAAGCAUAAUUGAAUUCCAAGAAUCCAUCGCAAAGUCGAAAGUUAGAGAUAAAUCUACGAUCAAAGAAUCAACACCACGACAAAGGAUUAGCAUUGGCCAAAAGUCCCCAGACGGGUUCACGAUGAACCUGAGGACUAUGUUUGCUACCCCAGUCUCACGGGAGCCUUCAUUUGAGGCAGAACGUCAGUCUUCAUCUCCACCCCAGCUGCCAUCUGCUCCUCAAUCCCCUCGGUCUCCAGCAGAUCUUUUUCUCGAGGAUCUGGAUAGAUUGUUCGGUACUCCAGAUACUGUCAGCUUUCUUGCCGAGACUGACUAUGCAGUUGGGGAUAAUAAUACUGUUGAAAUAUCAUGUGCCGGAGAAGACUCUAGAAGACACAAGAUGCCACCCAAGUUACAGAAAGAGGCCAUGUCAGCGAAGUCACCAAAAGACACUGCAUCAGCAAAGUCACGAAAAGACACUUUGUCAGCGAAUUCACGAACAUCUCUAAAUGUAAGACUACUGAGUAGCUCCGCUGAUGAUUCUGGACAUGGAUCAUCAGAAACCAUAUUAAAUACAAAUGCUAUUGAGUUAACACCCAUUGGCAAGACUUCAGAUAAAAUAAAGAUUCCAGUCAACCCACUGACACAAGAUCCACCCGCCCAUACCACGCACAACCAGCAAAACUUCCAGCCCCGCUUGAAAAAAACACUCAGCACUCGAAACCUGCUGAGUCUGAAUCAGAGCACAGAGGAUCUACGGAACUUUGACGAGUCAAUAAGUGGAUCGUCACUCGAACUUCAAAGCUUGUUUCGCUCUUCAGUUUUCAAUUUAAGUGGAUUGAGGUCUUCCUCAAGAUCGUCGAGUCCGACCUUCGGGGAGCUGCAGACCUUGACCCAUUACCCAAGUUCAGGGAUCAUAGAGAGAGCGGUCUCCCCUCCGCCAAACUAAUUUCCCCUCAGAAUAACUACCGCUGAGGAUGGUUGGGUACGAACAGCCUCGAGCACUGCACCGUUAAAGGACUCUUGCAACAUUUCUUAUUACUGGUCCAAGUGUGACGUCUACCACUAGUCUCUUUUGAUCCAAGAUUCAUCAAGCUGCCACUUACGAAAUCUGUACAUUUUCCUCAAUCAUGGGACUUUGCUUACAUUUACAAAACAGUUUGAGCUCCAAAGCACUGCGAGGUUGUUUAUAACAAUAAUAACCAUAGGCUGCGAAGUUGGAAGCUCGUAAACUGUUUAUUAAAUCUAAAAGCCGCCAUGAUUAAGGAAACAUGUAAAGGUUUCGUAAAUGAUAAAUCCAACCCUACUGUGGUAUAGGACAGCUUGUCAAGACUCUGGCCGUAUAAUCAAACCAGACCGACUAAAUGGAAAAGAAUCUUCCGUUCGGAGUAUCAUGAUACCUGUUGCAAUAUAAAGACCGCUUAUAUUAAAGAAACAAUCGCAUACAAAAAACAAUGUUCUAAACCUUACCUCGAGUGCAGCUGAAGCCCCAAGAUCUACACGAAGAGUUUCUUCUUACUAGAUUUGUUGGGAAUUAUCUAUCGCUAAGAUGUCAGCCUCGUUAUCAAUGGUCAUCAAUAUGAAAAUAUCAACCCGUUCUCGCAAAUUUAAUAAGUCAAUAUUGACUUAUUAAAUAUGUGCAUAGGUGACAUACUUAACAUAAUAGAUACCCCUAAAAAG